GCCAGGGGGCGUGGGCAAGAACAGUCCAGGCUGGCCCCCGGGGGGCCGCGCGCCUGGCCCGAAAUAGCUCGUUUUGAUCCCGCUACCUCGGCCAGGAGCCCAGGCCUGGCACUUAGAGCAACCAGCUGCUCUGCAGCAAGACGGAAGUGGUUAGGUGACCGGGUGGGGCCGGCCUCAGGUCCGACUGAUGCGGGGACGUCCGUUAGAGAGGGGAGUCUCCCUGAUAGCCCCUACAACGGGAAAACAGUAGUUAGAAUGUAGUCUGGACGAGAUUUCUGCAGCAAGAGGGGGCGUGGUUGGGAGACAGACGGCAGGGAAGCCAGUGUACUUUAGAACCCCCUCCUAACAGCGAGCCCAGUCUCACAUCCUUUCCAUUGGUCCAGAGGCUUGCCAAUUACUGCUGCACUACGGUUCUCCAAUCAAACACGUUCUCUCAAUCAGGCCGACAUUACAGCCAGUUGUGAGACUCCCCUCUUUAGCCGCUUUCCAAUUACUUUUAUUUUCCUCUCUAUUAUUGGUCGCCUUUGAGGUCUCUCUUCCCGCGCGGGCACUCCCAAAGAGGGGCGGGGCUGAUAGGGCAUUGCUAAGCGACAAAGAUGUGCGCGGCGUCAGUCCGGUGAAGGAGCAGAGCAGGCCGAAACGUCCAGGUAGCUGCGGGAUGAACCGCAGGUGAGGCCGAUUCGUUUUCCGGGGACCACAGGAGGCCUGGGGAGGACCAAGGACUCUGAGCUCAUCCAGGUCCCAGAGAUCCAGGAUCCCAGAAGCUCCCAUGGCUCUGACCACAGGUCUCAACUCCCCUGAGCUGUUAGAGGGGUCCUGGCCAUCCAGCUCAGGGAUCCCUUCCCCACCCAGGACCACUGAGGAACAGAUGGUUGCCUCCCCACCACUCACUCUGGUUGAUAGUAGUGACUCUGUGGUAGCCAAGUACAUAAACCGGUUUCGCCAGGCUCAGCCCACAAGCCGAGAGGAACGCCGGCCUGUAGGCAUAACCCCAGCUGACUUUUGGUGGCUGCGGCCUGAAUCUCCAGACCCUAGCAAUCAACUUGCAGCAGCAGGAGUCAGUGAACCAGAAGAAAGACUCAACACAGCAGUCCCAACUCUUGCCAAGGUGGCCAGUGCAUCGCAGGCUAAGACUAUGACCCCACUUCAGGAAAUCAAGCAGAACCUCAACACAUGGAACUCAUCCCUGCUGGACCUGGAGACACUGAGCCUGCAAAGCAGAGCUGCCAGGCUGCUGAAACGCAGCAAGGCCUCGAUCUCCUCCUCCUCCUGCAGUCCCAGCGAUGCCAGCAGCUCCUCAUUCCCUGUCAGCUCUGAUGGUCCCUCUCCCUUCUCCAUGACCUUCACCCCUGAAUCCAGCAAGGGCUCUGACCCUAAGGCACAUGGAACUCCAGCACCAGCCCCCGGCCCUGCUCCAACCCUGGUCUCCUCCCUGGCACCCCUGCGGCCAGAAGAUGACAUUCUGUACCAGUGGCGGCAGCGGCGGAAGUUUGAACAGGCUCAAGGAGGUCAGGGUGACAGAACUUGGAUGCGGCCAGGGACGCCUGCCCUUACCACUCAGGUCCCUGUCCCCAUCUGUCUGCAGACCCCUCCUGACCCAGGAGAGAUCCUUCGUUCCCUGGGGACACAGCCUAACUGUGUUCCACUCUGGGGCAGUGUGGCCCAGCCUGUUCCCCCGGAAGCCAUCCAUGUGGAGAGGCCUCCUCUUCCCCCAGGGUUCUCUCCACACAUCGUCUGGGGCUCCAGCCCCCAUGGGUUAUUCUGGGCCCCGCAGUCGGGUCCCUGGGUAUCUCUUGGAGCCGUUCCCCACCUGCCCCCAGCCUCUACUGUGCACCCUGCUGCCCCCCAGGGUCUGCCCACCCCUACGCCAAGCAACCCCACCCAGACUGAGAGGCAGAGCCCUAAGCCUCGGAAAGGUAGAGCCCGGUGCCAGGAGCCUGCUGGGCGAGUCACGGCAGCGGAAGAGGGGCCUGGCCCGCAGCUCCGAGGCGCCCUGGGCCAGGUAGUGACCGCUCGCCUAUUUCCGGACUGCCUGGAGGACACGCCCCCUCUCCUCCAGGGCCGGCCUCCACCCCAGCCUGACUCUCCAGAAGUCAAGGCCACACACUCUCAAACCAAUAUUAGGCCGGGUCGCGCAGAGGUCACGCCCCCUCUCUCUAAUUCAGAGUUUCCGCAGACGGAGACCCCACGGGGUGGGUCUAAGGCCCGGUAUCAGAAUGCCAAGGCCACGCCUCCUGCAGCGAGGGCAGUGCUUUGCAAGGACAAAGACAAUCUCUCAGCUGAAGUCAGGCACCCUCAGCCCAAGGUGCGUCCCCCUCCAGCUGAAGAGGCGUCCCUAAGCGUCAAGGCCCCAUCCCCUCUGUUCAAGGCGGGGUCUCUAGAGGCGGUGGUCACGCCCCCUCUCGCUGCUGACCAUGACCCCGCAGAAGACCUGCUUUCCCAGGCCGCUCGGCUUCUGCAGGCUGCUGAAGACUCCGACGGCAGCGAGUUCCAGGAGGACCCUGUACUGCAGAUGUUAAGGGCUCAGAGGGCGGAGCUGCGGCGGCAGAAAAGGAAAGUGGACGCCCAGUUAUCCCUCCUGCUGGGCCAUACUGAAGACCCAGGGUCUUGGUCUCCUCCAGACAGGUUGCCUCCCAGGUCUCCAAGAAUGCGACUGAGGAGGGAAGGAGCCUCGCUUGAGGCCAGACGACUUUGAAUUGUACAAAUUCUGUUUUUCCCAAUGAAAUAUUUUUUUCAGGUUACUGGUUGUCUCUGAGAAAGGAGUUGUUCUGGAAAGGCCAAGAGUCAUGCUAAAUUAGGGAAAUGGCUGCCCCCCAACCCCCACCCUCCUUCCUGUCUGUUGAUGCAAAAUCUGCUCUGGUUUCAUCUUCUUUGAGGGCAAGGAAAGGGAGGGGUUCCAGGUAAGACUUCAGGCAAGACUGGGCCUUCCCUUAACUUAGGAGUAGAUUCUCCUGUCUGAGGGAGUCAGAAGGGACAGCCCUCUGGGCAUGUAGCUAAUGGGGUCAUCAGAGCAUUGGACAAUGGUUAGUCCUCAGUCCAUAUCCUGCUUGAGCCAGCAGCAGCAUUUGGUACAUUGAUGCCUCCCUCUUUGAAGCAUGUCCUUACCCUGCUUCCAGCACCCCGCCCUGCUCCUCACCAGCCUGUCACUUGGUGUGUCCCAGGGCUCUGGCCUUGACUUCUCUAUCUACACUCAUUCCUUGGUGCUGUUGUCUAGUUUCAUGGCUCUAAAUCCCAUCUCUGUUCUGUUAGUCCCCAAAUUUCUAUCUUCAGCCUAGACCUGGCCACUGAACCUCAGGCUCCUAUAUCCUGCUACCUGCUUACCAUCCUCACUUAAAAGUCUAAGAGAGGGCCAGCCGAGUGGCACAUUGGUUAAGAGAUGGCUUGGGACGCCAGAGGGCCCCGGUUCGGAUCCCACA